GAACAGUUUGUGCAACAGAACCCUAAGAGGAAAUCAGCUGCUCAUCAAGAUAAGGGCUGAGGCAUAAAACUGCCAGAGGGUCUCAAGGCAGGCAAAGAAGAACCAUGAGGCUCAUCCUGCCUGUGGGUUUGAUUGCUACCACUCUUGCAAUUGCUCCUGUCCGCUUUGACAGGGAGAAGGUGUUCCGCGUGAAGCCCCAGGAUGAAAAACAAGCAGACAUCAUAAAGGACUUGGCCAAAACCAAUGAGCUUGACUUCUGGUAUCCAGGUGCCACCCACCACGUAGCUGCUAAUAUGACGGUGGAUUUCCGAGUUAGUGAGAAGGAAUCCCAAGCCAUCCAGUCUGCCUUGGAUCAAAAUAAAAUGCACUAUGAAAUCUUGAUUCAUGAUCUACAAGAAGAGAUUGAGAAACAGUUUGAUGUUAAAGAAGAUAUCCCAGGCAGGCACAGCUACGCAAAAUACAAUAACUGGGAAAAGAUUGUGGCUUGGACUGAAAAGAUGAUGGAUAAGCAUCCUGAAAUGGUCUCUCGUAUUAAAAUUGGAUCUACUGUUAAAGAUAAUCCACUAUAUGUUCUGAAGAUUGGGAAAAAGAAUGAAAGAAGAAAGGCUAUUUUUAUGGAUUGUGGCAUUCACGCACGAGAAUGGAUCUCCCCAGCAUUCUGCCAGUGGUUUGUCUAUCAGGCAACCAAAACUUAUGGGAGAAACAAAAUUAUGACCAAACUCUUAGACCGAAUGAAUUUUUACAUUCUUCCUGUGUUCAAUGUUGAUGGAUAUAUUUGGUCAUGGACAAAGAACCGCAUGUGGAGAAAAAAUCGUUCCAAGAACCAAAACUCCAAAUGCAUCGGCACUGACCUCAACAGGAAUUUUAAUGCUUCAUGGAACUCCAUUCCUAACACCAAUGACCCGUGUGCAGAUAACUAUCGGGGUUCUGCACCAGAGUCCGAGAAAGAGACGAAAGCUGUCACUAAUUUCAUUAGAAGCCACCUGAAUGAAAUCAAGGUUUACAUCACCUUCCAUUCCUACUCCCAGAUGCUAUUGUUUCCCUAUGGAUAUACACCAAAACUGCCACCUAACCACGAGGACUUGGCCAAAGUUGCAAAGAUUGGCACUGAUGUUCUAUCAACUCGAUAUGAAACCCGCUACAUCUAUGGCCCAAUAGAAUCAACAAUUUACCCGAUAUCAGGUUCUUCUUUAGACUGGGCUUAUGACCUGGGCAUCAAACACACAUUUGCCUUUGAGCUCCGAGAUAAAGGCAAAUUUGGUUUUCUCCUUCCAGAAUCCCGGAUAAAGCCAACGUGCAGAGAGACCAUGCUAGCUGUCAAAUUUAUUGCCAAAUAUAUCCUCAAGCAUACUUCCUAAAGAACUGCCCUCUGUUUGGAAUAAUCAAUUAAUUAAUCAAUCAAUUAAUCCUUUUUUGUGCCUUUCAUCAGAAAGUCAAUCUUCAGUUAUCCCCAAAUGCAGCUUCUAUUUCACCUGAAUCCUUCUCUUGCUCAUUUAAGUCCCAUGUUAUCACUGUUUGCUUUUACUUACUUUCAGUAGCACCAUAACGAAGUAGCUUUAAGUGAAACCUUUUAACUAUCCUUCUUUGCUCCAAGUGAAGUUUGGACCCAGCAGAAAGCAUUAUUUUGAAAGGUGAUAUACAGUGGGGCACAGAAAACAAAUGAAAACCUUCAGUUUCUCACAGAUUUUCACCAUGUGGCUUCAUCAAUUUAUGUGCUAAUACAAUAAAAUAAAAUGCACUUAAUGCUUUAAAAUUCAUCUUUUUAUGAUAAACUAUAUUCUCUGUAUUUCUCUAUAGCAUUAAUAAUCAAUAUUAAUGCCAUUCAUUCAGUCUGUUAAUAAGAAAUAAUAUCUUCAAUUUUCAAAAACAUAAUUUGCCUAUCUUUUUCUGAUAGAAGUAGACAUUGUUUAUAUCUUCAAAAAAGCAAAAGGAUGUCCUAGCAGGAAAUAAAGUGGUUCAUAUAG